GUGACAAAAGAAAACAAAACAUAUUUGCCUUGGAGUUUAAAAUAAAAUAAAUUCACCAAGGAAGAUGUAGCAUUUAUGUUAUUUUACUGAUAUUCAUAAACUAGAAAAGGCUGUGCAGGAUAUUUUUAUAAUAAUUAAUCCGGAAAUAUAAAGAUAGAAUAUAUUAACACAGGUUCGGACAUAAAAAGUAAAAUAAGACGUAGUGAAUUUUAAUGAAUAACGUAUGUUUGUGAACAAAAAAGGCUACUCAUUUUAUAUAGACAAAAUUUGCAGAAGAUUUGACACAAGGGAGCUUAGACAGUAUGGGUUGCACUAACUCAAUUUCAUAUAACAAGCAUUCAAUCAAAACUUUCACUCAAAUUAAUGACCCAAUAAAAAGUCGGAUUGUCUUCACAUUGAAAUGCCAAAUCGAGCUAACAGGGCCCGAAAUAAAGACGGUACAACAAACAUGGCCUUCGUUGGCAAAGGACUUGCAAGGUAACGGCCUCCAGCUUUUUCUAAGAAUUUUUGAAAUAUGUCCGGAAGUCAAGCUUCUGUUCAAGGUUGAAAAUGUUCGGCAUUCGCAACUUGCUAGAAAUGCUACGAUACAAGCUCAUGGGAAACGUUUUAUUAGCGCAAUUGGUUCAGCUGUAGAUUGUUUAGAAAACUUUGACAGAGAAGGGAACACCUUAUGCAAAUUUUUGUUUGACUUAGGACAGCAGCAUCAGAACUUUAAAGGGUUUAAACCGGAAUAUUUUGAAAUAUUCUAUGAAGCUCUAAUGUGCCAGUGGGCAAUCUGUAUGCGUGACCGCUUUACCCCGGAUGUUGCAAAUGCGUGGAGUCAUUUAUUUGUGUUUUUGAUGGAGAAACUGAAAGAAGGAUAUUAUUCACACGAAGUAUCAUAUGAAGCUCACCUGAAAAAUAAUCAGCAAUAUCAUUGACAAGAGACUUUUCCUAAAAGACACUGAUCGAUUUGAUAAAUUUACAGCAGAAAAAAAGGCUGGUAAUUGAAGUUUGGUAACUGAUGCGGAAAAAUUAAUGGCAAAAACAUUGAUUAGUAUCUCAUCGAACACGUUGAAAUUGUAAGCAAACAUGUGAAAACAGAAGCAUGUGUGCAUGUGGAGCUGAAAUGCACACACCUAUAAACAUCAUAUUUGGUAACGCUUUUUAUGUGUUUCAGUCGAUUUUUAGUUAAUUUUGUGCUUUGUAACUGAACCAUAUUUUGAUGCGGAAUCGCAAGGUACUCAUGCAUUGACAUAUCUUUGUACCACCGAUGCUUUAAAGCCGAUUUAUGAUAUGUUAUGAUUCAAAUAAAGGCAUGUCUUCAUGUGAAGAGGGGUGCAUACAUGU